UUAUAAUUAUGCUUUUUAUUUUUGUUUUAGGAUUAUUCCAGAUGUUACGUUAAAUAAUUUUUCAAAUAAUCAUGAUAAUAUAAGUUUACCGUAAGUACAGCCGUGAAAGUCCCCCGAAAAGAGCUUGUUGAUAGUUACCAUGGCAACCAGCGGCACUCAUGCCAACAGUCAAUAAUAAUCCAAACAUGGAUCUGGUGGACAACUUUAUGGAAGAUGAAGCUGAGAGACAACGUCUACUUACUAAACCAACCUGCUUCCUUGUGGUUGGAAGACCGGGUGUUGGUAAAUCCACCUUGGCCAAAGAAAUUGCAGAGACCUGGGGAUGUAUAUUAAUUGAUGACACGGAUCUGCUGAAUUACCACAUUAAAACUAGAACAGAGGAUGGUAUUAAGCUUUUAGAUAUCCUGAAUGCGGGUGAAAGUGUGCCAGAAGACAUGGUUCUACGGCUCAUAAUUGACAUGCUAAACUCAGUAAAAGCCCAGCACUAUGGCUACGUGUUGAGCUGCCUACCAUUCAUAUCGGAAGAGAAUGUGGCUGUGGAUGAGCAAAUGGAGCUGAUCAGGAACCUCAAGCUCACACCGGACUUUAUCAUCAACAUCAAGUGUGCAGACAAGGAUCUGGUGCAGAGGCUGUCGGGUCAGAAGCAACACCCGGAGACAGGCCUGAUGUACAGUCAAGACAGGUGGAAGUGUGACAGUGACUUUCAUGUCAUAGGAUCUAUAGAUGAAAAAGACGAGGGCCAGGAAGACUCAGAGGAAGAGGAGGAAGAAGAAGAGGAAGAUGAACAAACCCCAAAGAUCACUAUUGACCAGUUGGUGUGGGCCCCAGCAUAUCAUCCGAGAAAUACAUCUCUUAGAAUCAACACAUACAAGGACACCAUCCUGAGACCACUGGAGGACUACAUGAUGGACCACAACCCUAUUUACCUUUUCGAAUUGGACGGAAGUGACAAACCUGAAGCGUUGCUCUUGUUUGUGCUGUCACGUCUAGGAUCGAUGGCAAUACAGCGUGUCUCCAUUCCAGUUGUCCUCCAUCAGGACAAAGAACUGCCCGAAGAUAUCGACACAGAAGACCUAUUGAGGUUCAUGUCUUCCACAAGGAUGAUGGUGCCAGGCUUCAGGUGGCGGAGGAGCCGCUGGGGUCGAAUUUGUCCUGUUGCUCUGAAGGAAGGAAGGUUCCUCCCUGGAAAGCCAGAAUACUCCGUAGGCUUCCAGGAAAAACUGUACAUCCUUUCGUCCCAAGAGGCCUUUGAAAAGUUCAUGACCAACCCAAGACGCUACCUGCUCCCUCCAAUGCCCAGCCCCCCUUGCAGGGUUUGCAUCAUUGGAAUCCCGCAAUCGGGGAGGAGCGCCCUUGCCAAACUUAUGGCUGAGCGGCACAAAGUUUCAGUGCUGGAAGUGGAGGCACUGGUAGAGCCUCUGCUGUCUCAGCUGGAGCAGGAGAGGCUUGACAAAAUCAAAGAGGAUGGAUUGCAGGCCGCUAUUGAGAAGAUUAGUUUGAAGCAGCAAAGCGAUCAGACUUCAGGUACCGAUGACAAGCCAGCUGUGGAGGUCACGGAGGAUCAUCCUGAGGUAAAAGCCCUUUUGCAGAGUACCUUGGAGGAGGCCAAACAAUCGAGCGAGACAGACAAGGAAAUCUAUUCUCUAGCUGUUAACAAGAUUAUAACAGAAAACGAAGAGGCGAAUGCGAAAGCCGAGCUCGGCAUGGGCUGGGUGCUUGAUAAUUUUCCCAAAAAUGUGUCCCAAUUGGAAUCAUUAGAACGAGCCGGGAUCCAUCCAGAUUUCCUCUUCUGUCUCAUGUACAAUGAAGGAGUCAAGAAUGAUGGCACUGAACAACCAGAUAAAAAGGAAGAAAAGACUUCUCCGGAUACAGAGCAGCAAAAAGCUGAAAAGGUCCAGUUUACAAGAGAAUGGGAGGGAAUGCAGUUGUCUCUAAGCAUUAGCCACUCAGUACUGGAGGCAGGCAACCGCAGCCCUGAGGAACUCCUCGACGAGAUUGUCCAGCUCAUGGAGAAACCUUUCAAGUUUUUGCCCAGAGAGUUUUCAGCAGUGGACCUGGAUGAGGAGACGGAGGAUAUCGAAGCCAUGGCAAACCUGGAUGAUGAUGACGAAGACAGCUUUUCCAAGGAUACAGAUGAGGAGGAGGAUGAAGGAGAAUCGGAAUCCUCAGGGGACGCAACACCCAAGAGAGCCUUUGGUGAAACCUAUCAUUUCUGCCCAGUGGUACUGCAGAGGCAAAAUACGCUGAUGCCCAGUAUAGAUGAGAUAGCCGCCAGGUAUCGAGAGAAGGUCUACUAUUUCUCCAGCGUGGAAGCCAGGGAAGACUUCAUUCUGAAUCCAGAGCAGUUUGUCGCAAGCACUGAGAUGUUAAAGCCCCCUGCCCUGCGGAUCUUUUUGCUCGGUUGCAGAGGGUCAGGCAAGACCACUCAAGGUGAGUGGCUUGCCAAAAAACUGGGUCUCUUUCAUAUCCAGUUCAGGGAGCAGCUUCAAAUGCUCCUUGUGGCAAAGACGAAGGAGCGGGCUGUUAACGCAGACGAGUCGACAGAGGAGCACCUCGAUGCCUUGAAGGCUACCAUCAAAGAAGCUCUCGGGGAGGAGGAUGUUGAGACCACCAACGAGUCGUUUUUGCAGGAUGGGGAACUGGCUGAGGAGGAAAUCAGUAUCAAAGCCUAUUUGGUGGAUGGCAUUCCAUUGAGUCAACAUGUUCUAGAAAAGGUCCUUAAUCCAUAUUGGAAAAUGGAGCCUUACAUGUCUACAGGUUUUAUUCUCGAGGGUUUCCCUAUUAACACUGAGGAAGUGCACCACGUGUUGCAAUAUCAGCUUUUCCCCGAUGUUGUGGUCAUCUUGACGGCGGAGGUGACUGACAUUCAGACGCGUCUGCUGCCAAAAUUUUGGCAGAGGUGGAAGGAGCACUGCGACCGGCGCGAAGCUUUGCUAAACGUCCUACGUGAAAUGAACCGCAAGACUCGAGAAGACAACAUUGAGAAGAGGAGAGCAGAUCUAAUGGAGGAGAAAGGCGUUUCUUCGCCGACCACAGCAAAAGCCGAAGACGAGGACGGGGAAGGCUCAAACAUCGAGGAUGAGAUCGAGGCUAUCCUGGAGGAGGAGUUUCCACUAGAAGGGGACGACGAAUUCAGGGAUGAAGAGGAGACCGAGGAAGCAACCGAUGACAGGCUGAGCAUGGAGAUCGAAGAGCGCUACGUGACUGAUACCAACAACAUUGCUUCUGUGUUGGAGCUUGUGGUCGAGCUGAACAUUCCGAGGAUAUCUAUAAAUGCGUCCCGUAAGACACAAAUUGUUCGACGUCAACUCGUCCUGAAAGUGGAGCCUUUGUACACCAACAGGGAAUCACUCUUCCAAAGAUGCCUGGCCAUUUCGUACAACUUGUCACAGCAGCUACUCCUCUACUCUUACAAGUUUCAUAGUGCCUUUGGCUGCUUGGACCCUGUUAGGCGGUAUAAUGAAAGAGAUAUCAUCCAGCCUUUGCUGUGGCCUCUUGAUGGCGCCUAUCCCGUGCUCCUCAAUCAGUAUAUCUACUUUUUAGAGUCUAAGAAGAACCAACAAACAUUCAUGCUCAACCCUUUAAAGUACCUCAGGCAGACCAAGCCCUCCCCUACGCUUCCUGUUAAAAUGGCCAUUAUUGGACCGCCAAAAUCAGGGAAAACUGGCGUCGCGCAGAUGUUGUCUCAGAAGUACGGCUUGGACCUGCUGUCCAUCGGUGGCGUCAUGCGUCGGGUUCUCGACACCCAGGAUCACAGCGAUUUGGCCACGCAGAUGAAAGAGCAUCUCCACGAAGGCCUUGCUGUGCCUGAUGAACUGGCCAUCCAGUGCCUGGAGCUGGUGCUCAUGAGCAUGGUCUGCUGCACCCAAGGGUAUGUGUUGGAUGGCUUUCCCAUGACAAUGAAGCAAGCACAGCUAAUGCAGUCUCACAGCAUCAUCCCCAUGAUCAUGGUUGAGAUUGAGAUGGAGACAGUGGAGGUCCUCAAGAGAGGCCUUGCUAGCAAGAUGGAGGAAAACAAGCCCCACUUGACGCACGACAGCACAGCGAUCCUCCACAUACGUAACACCUGUUACACUCAGGAGGCUGAGAGUAUGAGACAACAUUUCCGACAACAAUAUGAUAACUUGAUCCCGCUUGAUGGCCUCAAGAGCAAGUGGUACAUGUGGGAGACCCUUAUCAAGGAGAUAAGUACCAGCAUGAAAUACAUCCACACUUACCUAAAGAGGACACGAAGCGGCCAAGCUGGCUGCAUCAACAAGCUUUGUGUUACACCCAUGGAGUUUCAGCGACAGCUUGGCGAGUUCGGUCAGUACUGCCCUGUCUGCCUUGCUCUGGAUAACCACCUAGUGGACUGCUCAGAAACGCCAUCCCUUAUGUAUGCCGCUGAAUACAAGAGACACUACUUCAAGAUGUGUGACGCGCACCAUUUGGAGAUUUUCCUGUCAAAUCCGGAUCAAUUUAUCACCCCUGAGUGCCCACGCCCUCUCCCGGAGCGACACCUGCUGCCACAAAGGUUGACGGAAGCCGAUGUAAAGGACAGAUCCUCGCAGCAGUUUGAAAUGGAGGGCUUCUGCCCCAUCACUUAUCUGGAUGGAAAGCAGAGGUAUGAGGCCUUGGUGCGUGGAAGCAGUGAAUAUGCGGUGGAAUACAGAGAACGCAUCUACGCUUGUGAGACAAAGCAGAAACAGUACAAGUUUUUGAGUGCUCCUGAGCUCUACUGGAACCUGCAGUUGCCCAGUAAGGUUCCUCCUCUGUGUGAGCCAAUCCCCCUCACUUGCCUCCCCACAUUAGGGUACCUGGAGCAGGGUGUGGCAGUGUCAGUCAUCAAGGCCAUGACAGCUGUUGGGUGUCUGAAACCAAAGUUUCCCUUCUACAGUAUGGAAAGAUCAGCUCUCCACUAUGUGGCAUUUUAUAUGAAAGCGUGGACACUUCGUGAUCAGAUACGACCGACAGACGAUUCUGGAUGUGGAUAGAUCGGGCCGUUAUAGGCUGAAAGAUGCGGGUACUUUCGACCUCCUCGCUAGCAUGGGGAUUCUCCGCUGGCCUCCAAAGCAGCGGAGUUAAGUACCAGCGUGGACCGUCAACGGAAGACACGUAAGCGGUGUGAGCGGAAGCAGAAGCGGGGAUGCCGAGCGGGGCUAACAACAAAGCGAAAGGCUAAUCCUCAAAGAAGCGCUAGUCCGGGUGAGAAGUUAGUUAAAAUAGAACUAGCCAGCGCCAGGCUGGAUAAUACCUGCACACAUAGCAACUAUUUUAGAACAAUACACAACUCAAAAAAUGUUUUUUCUGUGUCAGAAGUAGACAUGCACUCUACUGAGGUGGCAAGUUAUGAUGCGUUCGGUUUAUCACAACAUCAAGCAAACAAUCGGAAAAUUCCCGUCAUAUCAAUUCCUAGAUAUGGUCGUAAUUAUUUAAAUUGCACUACACAUAAUAAACACAACAUUAUUAAUAUUGCUACUACGGAUAAUUUCAACAAAAACUCCUCAAAACAGCCCACUACCUAUAAUAUAGGCUUCUUAAACAUAAGAUCAUUAUCUUCCAAAACGUUAUUAGUUAAUGAGGUCAUUAGAGACAAUAAUCUUGACGUUAUUGGUCUCGCCGAGACCUGGCUCAAACCAGACGAUUUCUUUGCGCUGGGUGAGGCGGGAGCGCAUAUUGCCCGUCCCAUUAAAAGGGGUGGGGGAGUUGCACUCAUCCACAAUAAAAACUUUAAUCUUACCCCGAACCUAAAUAAUAAAUAUAACUCGUUUGAGAUGCUUACUAUGAGGUUUGUCACACCGCUGCCUCUCCACCUGGCUGUUAUCUACCGCCCCCCAGGACCCAAUUCGGACUUCAUCAGUGAAUUUUCAGAGUUCGUUGCUGAUUUAGUGACGCACGCCGACAAUAUAAUCAUAAUGGGGGACUUUAAUAUCCAUAUGAAUACCCCAUCGGACCCUCAGUGCAUGGCGCUCCAGACUAUAAUUGAUAGCUGUGGUCUUACACAAAUAAUAAAUGAACCUACGCAUCGCAACGGAAAUACGAUAGAUCUAGUGCUGGUCAGGGGUGUCACCACCUCCAAAGUUACGAUACUCCCGUAUACUAAAGUAAUGUCCGAUCAUUACCUUAUAAAAUUCGAAGUUCUGACUCAUUGUCAACAAACUAAUAAUAAUAACUACUAUAGCAGCCGCAACAUUAAUGCUGCCACAACGAUGACUCUUGCUGGCCUACUGCCUUCGGUAAUGGCACCAUUCCCAAACUAUGUCGGCUAUAUUGAUAACCUCACUAACAACUUUAACGACGCCCUGCGCGACACCAUUGAUAGUAUAGCACCGCUAAAGCUUAAAAGAGCCCCUAAAAGGCGCACCCCAUGGUUUACAGAAGAAACUAGAGCCCAUAAAUUAUCAUGUAGAAAGCUGGAACGCAAAUGGCGCGCUACUAAACUUGAGGUUUUCCAUCAAGCAUGGAGUGAUAGUUUAACAACUUAUAAACACAUGCUUACCCUAGCUAAAGCUAAAUAUUACUCAAAUCUCAUCCACCUCAACAAAAAUGAUCCGAAAUUUUUGUUUAGUACAGUAGCAUCGCUAACCCAACAAGGGACUCCUCCCAGUAGCUCCACCCACUCAGCAGAUGAUUUUAUGAAUUUCUUUAAUAAGAAAAUUGAACUCAUUAGAAAGGAGAUUAAAGACAAUGCAUCGCAGCUACAACUGGGUUCUAUUAACACAGAUACGACUGUAUCUACGAAGGAUACCGCCC